UAACGUCGAAUCGUGGGAACAGUGUGAACGGAUUUCGUUUUACACGGCUACUGUGAUAAGACACUCAAGUAUUGGCCAAUUUGUUAGACUACUUUCACUGCCACACUGGCCUAAAUGCAUACUGUGUCUGCAUCAGCUUCAUGUCACAACAACUCUCAACUUCCUGAGAUGACCUCAAUCCACCAGCUGCCUCCGGCCACGGCACACAAGCUGUCCAUGGGCCAGGUGGUCACGUCAGUAUUCAGCGUCGUCAAAGAGCUGCUGGAGAAUGCACUGGAUGCAGGGGCGACUUCUGUUGACGUCCGCCUGGAUGACUUUGGCUUGGACAAGAUUGAGGUCCGGGACAAUGGCUGCGGUUUGUCGCCGCAAGAUACUGCUGUGAUGGGCCAAGCCCACUACACUUCGAAAAUACGACAGCUAGAUGACCUGGGUUCGCUGUCGUCGUUCGGCUUUCGCGGCGAGGCGAUGUCGGCGGUGUGCGCUAGCUGCGAUGUCACCGUGGCCACGCGCACCGUCGCCGAGCAGGCCGGCCGCCUCGUCACGCUCGGUCCGGAUGGCGCCGUCGUCUCACAGAAGCCGGUGGCGCGCGCUCAGGCCCUGAUGGCCGCCACGGCCGUCAGCCAACCCCGGCUCCGCCUGACGCUGCACCACAACGGCGCCCAGCUGCUGCACAAGGCGCCGUGCGACUCUGCGAAGACGGCGGCCGUGCAGGUGCUCAAGUCGGAGGUGGCCCGGCAGCUGCAGCCGCUGACGCUCGGCGAUGACCUGCUCCGCGUCGAGGUGCUGCUGCCUGCCGUGGACGCGCCGCCCAAGGUCGCCGGUCGGUCGACGGCCGACCAGUGCUUCGUCAUCGUCAACGGCAGGGUGGUGAACUACAGGGCCGUGGAGAAGGUGCUGCGUCGGCUGUUCAGCGACCGGCACGGCCUGACGCCGCCCAAGGUGCCCGUCUCGGUGGUACAGGUCACCGUGCCGCCGGCCCUGCUGGACGUCAACCUCGAGCCGAACAAGACUCGGCUGCUGCUGCUCUGCGAGGAGAAGCUGCUAUCCCUGCUGGAGGAUGGCUGUGGCCGACUUCUACCGGGUGCCGGCACCGUCGACCGAGCCGACCGACCCGUCCACCGAGCCGGCCGACACCACGCCCUCCUCGCGGCUGAUGGUUGA